AUGGCGCUGAACGCGCUAGCCCCGGAAAGGAUAAUAGCGCGUUCGUUCCCCACCGCAAACACCUGUGAUCCGGAGUUUUGCAAAUAUCUCAGCAUCAUUAAAAAUAUUGUAAUUUAUGUUCAGGUAAACAUGAAGGAGAUUUUCGGCGAGACGAAGGAGCAUAAAUGUUUUCUAAAUAUUUGUCAUUGUGAAGAAUUACCUCCACCGGUCGACGACAUCGAUGAGGAUGAACUUGCUGCCCGCAUAGAUAAAGGGGAUAUUGGUUUCCGAAUACCUGUCAGCAUUGGAGAACUUGACAGUGUCGUCGACAAUAAAAAUGCUAAUCAGCCAAAGAUCGAUGUGUUGGUUAAUAGCACCUUUUAUGAGAGGAGACUUGCUCCACCAAAUGCGAACUUUUUCCGUCAUUUCUUUUGUAUGGUAGUUUGUGAAGCCAUUGAAGACAAGCAUCAUUUGAAACUGGAUCCAAACAAGUGUGUCAAAUUGAAGAAUCGCACACUGAUGGGAUAUAUUGAACCAAUGAAAAUCAUGAAAAGACCAGUGGCUCCCGUUAUUCAGGAAAUCACUUCAACGUUCCUUGUAAACGUUUUGUUGGAUGUCCUUAAAUAUUUCGGUAUACAACAACCAGCCGGUGUGCACAUCUGCUUGUUUAGAGGAACAAAACUAAUGAUUGAACUAUUUUUGAAAGACAAGGAAAUUUCUGUUAUUCAUAGGGCGGCGACUGCUUGUGGUGACGACGAGCUGCGACGGGCUUUGGCCAGGCUGACCUUGGGACACCAGGGAAUCACAAUGGCUAGAUCAGCAAAACUCCGAUACAAUGGAAACUAUGCUGAGGUCCGCACAACCAGUGGAGACGGGUCAUCCAAGUAUCCAAGUACAUGA